CGCAAUGGCUAAGGGAGAGUGCCAAACGACGAACCGUGGGGACUAUGCCUCGGAUGACGAGGAUGAGAAGCCAGUCCAGGCUCUUGAUGAGGAAGAUAUUGAGCUGCUCAAGACGUAUGGACUUGGUCCCUACACGAAGUCUAUCAAGGAGUUGGAGGAAGACAUCAGCAAGAUGAACAAGCGAGUUAACGACAUUCGAGGUGUGAAAGAGUCCGACACUGGCCUCGCUCCUCCGAGCAUGUGGGACGUUGUUGCGGAUAAGGAGAUGAUGCAGCAGGAGCAGCCGCUACAAGUUGCGCGAUGCACGAAGAUCCUGAAUGCAGGGCAGGACGAUGCGAAAUAUAUGAUCAACGUGAAGCAGAUUGCGAAGUUUGUUGUCGGCUUGGGUGAUCGAGUUGCAGCGACUGAUAUUGAGGAAGGCAUGCGAGUUGGAGUAGAUCGCACCAAAUAUCAGAUUCAGAUCCCUCUCCCACCUAAAAUUGAUCCAACUGUCACCAUGAUGCAAGUUGAGGAUAAGCCCGACGUGACAUACAAUGAUGUGGGAGGAUGCAAAGAGUCUCUGGAAAAGCUGCGUGAGGUUGUCGAGCUUCCUCUCCUGCAUCCCGAGAAGUUUGUCGCUCUCGGUAUUGAUCCUCCAAAGGGUAUCCUGCUUUAUGGUCCUCCUGGAACGGGCAAAACCCUUUCAGCACGCGCAGUUGCGAACCGUACGGAUGCCUGUUUCAUUCGAGUGAUUGGCAGUGAGCUCGUGCAAAAGUAUGUUGGUGAAGGUGCGAGAAUGGUCAGAGAGCUUUUCCAGCUUGCUCGUUCGAAGAAGGCCUGCAUUGUGUUUUUUGAUGAGGUUGACGCGAUAGGUGGUGCCCGUUUCGACGAUGGAGCUGGUGGCGACAAUGAGGUUCAGAGGACUAUGCUUGAAAUCGUGAAUCAGCUGGAUGGUUUCGAUGCAAGGGGUAACGUCAAGGUCUUGAUGGCUACGAACAGACCCGAUACUUUGGAUCCUGCAUUGCUAAGGCCAGGAAGAAUGGAUCGCCGUGUGGAGUUUGGUGUUCCUGAUCUUGAGGGGAGAACAGAAAUUUUCAAGAUCCAUUCAAGCAACAUGAACUGCGACCAGAACAUUCGUUUCGAACUCCUCGCGCGCCUUUGCCCUAACUGCACUGGAGCAGACUUGCGAUCGGUUUGUACUGAGGCAGGAAUGUUCGCCAUCAGGGCCCGUCGAAAGCAGAUUUCCGAGAAGGACAUGCUUGAUGCCAUCAACAAGGUUAUCAAGGGAUAUGCCAAGUUUUCUGCAACUCCCAAGUACAUGGUUUACAACUAAACAUUUGGACUUCUGUCAAUCGAACGCAACUGGUCCUGAUUUGACACUUUGCCAAGUUGCUGGGUGGUGUUGCUCUCACGUGGGUUUUCUUGGUUGUAGUUACUGAUCACCGGAAAUAUUCAUUGAAUUCAUGGAAUUG